CUUCUCCUCCUUUUUUUUGCUUCUCCUGUGACUGAUGGCCUAGGCAGCCUUGGGCAUGUCCUUAGCAAUGCCCUGCAAACACUUCUAAGGGGUAUUUUKGGGGGGGAAAUCUGUUACAAAGGGGCGGAGGCCACACUGGCUCACUUCAAACUCAGUACCUGUGCCUCAGGUUCCCUCAUUUGAAUGCAGAAGUCAGCAUCUUCUUCCUCCUGGUGCCACGGUGCCAGGGGACAUCCCUGUCCCCAGCAUCUGCCCACCUUGGAAGGAGCCAGAUAUGAGGGGAGUGAGGCAAAAAUGGAGGAAAGACUUAAAAAUGAAGGGGAAAAUUCAAAAAUUACAGAAAAGAGCAGAUAAUUCAUGGUGGCCUGAGCCAGCUGUGUUCUGGCAGCCGCAGCAGGAGUGUCCCCUGCCCCGGUGGCAUCUGUGCAGUGCCACCCAGAGCCAUUCCCGUGCCCACCCUGCCAGCCUGGUUCCUGUUCCCCGUUCCCCCGGGUGCUACUGCAGGGAGCAAAGGGGAAGUGUUGCUCAAUGGGGCCAGCACAGCACCCACGGGGGCACUGAGUGCCGGGCACAGCGGAGGGUCCCAGCACCCCGGGCACCCCAGCAGAUCCCGCCGAGAGCCCACGCCGGCGAAGAUCCCACGGAGGGUYCGGAGAGGACGGUGACGGGUGGCACCGCCACCAUGGCCAACCUGACGGCCCUGGUGAGCGCGGGCAGGAACUCGUGCACGUACCACGAGGAGUUCAAGCAGGUGCUGCUGCCCCUGGUGUACUCGCUGGUGUUCGUGCUGGGGCUGCCSCUCAACGCCGUGGUCAUCGGGCAGAUCUGGCUGUCGCGGAAGGCGCUGAGCCGCACCAUGAUCUACAUGCUCAACCUGGCCGUGGCCGACCUGCUSUACGUGUGCUCGCUGCCACUGCUCAUCUACAACUACACGCAGAGGGACUACUGGCCCUUCGGGGACUUCACCUGCAAGCUGGUGCGCUUCCAGUUCUACACCAACCUGCAYGGCAGCAUCUUCUUCCUCACCUGCAUCAGCGUCCAGCGCUACCUGGGCAUCUGCCACCCGCUGGCCUCGUGGCACAAGAAGAAGGGMAAGAAGCUGACGUGGCUGGCGUGCGGCGCCGUGUGGUUCGUCGUGGUGGCCCAGUGCCUGCCCACCUUCGUCUUCGCCUCCACGGGCACGCAGAGGAACCGCACGGUGUGCUACGACCUGAGCCCGCCCGACCGCUCGGCCGCCUACUUCCCGUACGGCAUCACCCUCACCUUCACCGGCUUCCUGCUGCCCUUCGUGGCCAUCCUGGCCUGCUACUGCAGCAUGGCACGUAUCCUGUGCCAGAAGGACGAGCUCAUCGGCCUGGCCGUGCACAAGAGGAAGGACAAGGCCGUGCGUAUGGUCAUCAUCGUGGUCAUCGUCUUCUCCAUCAGCUUCUUCCCCUUCCACCUCACCAAGACCAUCUACCUGAUCGUGCGUUCAUCGCCCGGCCUGCCCUGCCCGGCCCUGCAGGCCUUCGCCAUCGCCUACAAGUGCACGCGGCCCUUCGCCAGCAUGAACAGCGUCCUCGACCCCAUCCUCUUCUACUUCACGCAACGCAAGUUCCGCGAGAGCACCCGCUACCUCCUGGACAAGGUGAGCUCCAAGUGGCGGCAGGACCACUGCGUCACCUACGGCUCCUAGGCCAGGCCACAGCCACCUCGGGGCCACCGAGGCACGGAGCGCUUUGGGCUCUGAGCUCCGCAGAACAGCAAUGGCUUCACUGGGGACGUGCUGGAGGACAGGGGGAUGGCAUCUCCCAGGCUUUCAGCACCGAGAUCCCAUUUCCAGCAGCACACCGUUAACCCCAUGUCGGGAUUGCCCCCGAUCUGCUCUCCUCUCCCCAGCUCGGCUGCUCACUUGGAGCAGCUCAGCAUCUUGGUGGUCAAGCCAUCGAUGAAAAAAACCUACUGGGACUGUGGAGAGAAAGAUGGGACCGUGGAGAGCAAGAUGRGACCGUGGAGGACACAUCCCUGGCUCAGGAUGAGCUGCUGGGGGAGGAUUUCUCCCCCCACUCCAUGAGAAAUUCCCGGAUGGGGAUGUGCAAAACCUGGGAAGGGGUUGGCUCAGCCCAGACCAUGGGGCCCUGUGGUCCCCAGCUCACGAUGAGUGUCACAGAUGGUUUUGGUGUAACAUCGGGACAUCCCAGUCCCCCAGAGCCCAGAAUGAGGCCACACCAGUAAGAGACGGGGGCUCACUGGUGUUGCUGGUGCUGCAGAAUGGUGGAGGGGCACCCCUGGAUGGGCUGGGAACAGGGAAAGGAUGUGAGAGCACCUGGAACCCUUUGGUGGGUGUCCCAUCAAAGCAAUGACGCUGGGCUGGGUCAGGCACAAACCCACGGCAUUGUCACCUGCCUGGGGACCUUCAUCUGAUUCCAGCUCCCUGCUUAGCCCAGCACCCCAAAUCUGGCCUGUCCUGGUGUCCGUGGUGCCCUGCAGUCAGCUCCUCACCAGGACCCACCAAAGUCAGAGCCMGCACAUGAGGACACAGUGCCUGGAGCCAGGAAACCUGUGCCACAGAGAGCUGCUCGAUGUCCUUGGCCGUGUCACCGCGUGUCACACGGCUGGCUUGGCCUCUCCACACUGCUGGGGAUUGAGCUUUGCUCCCCCAGGCUCUGCUGGGAUGCUGCUCCCUCACAGCGAGGAGGGAUUUGCGGGGUGGAUGCACCACUCCUGGCUCUGGAGCCUUCUCCAACAUAUAGAAUGUAUGUAUAGAAUUAACUGCCUGAGAUGGGUGCACACACCCACUGUAUGCACAGACACAGAAUAGAUCCCAGCAGAGUGAGGCUUGAGGCCAGCACGGGCUCUGCAGUGCAGAAAUUCCCUGCCUGAACACAAUACAUGUACCUAUACAAUGUGUGUAUAUAAAUAUAUAUGUGGAUAACUGCAUUUUGCAUGUCUGCUAUAAUAAUCACAUCU